UCUCGGCUGCGGGCGCGCACGUACCAGGAUCAACGGGGGAUGGGGCCAUCGUCGGUGGCGCAUAGUCUAUGGCGGGACGGGAAUAAGAACGCGCAAACCUGAGCAACGAAGCGCGGCGAGUAGGGCGAGUGUGGACGUUCGUGGGGCAUCGUUAGCCGGUAUCGAUUCGCGGGGUUCUCGCCUGGGUUCACAUCCGCCUGGCCGGCGCUCCGGUUUCCCGAACGCCCCGAGUGAUCGACGCGGCCGGCAGGCGCGGUGCCGUUAUGACGGAUCCGCGCGUCGCCGCAUAUCGUACGCGUUUCGGCGACUCGUGCCGUGCGGCAGCAGCAGCUCCCUUCGCGCGCGCGAACGGAAAGAAGACCUCGCCGAGCAAUGGCGCGCCGGGAUGCUAACGAGUGGUAGGCCAGCUGACCACCGUACGGCAGACAACAUGGUAGCCCGCAGUGGCCGCGCACCGGGAGGCGACAAGUUUCCGCGUACGUGAGCUACGAACGGCGCGGGGAGGGUGGGACGCGGGUUCCGGACCGGGGAGGUUUAGGCUACGAUGAGUACUGACAGUCAUGAUCAGACGAAACCCUGCAAAACACCCGCGAGGAGCGAGGAGGAGAGCGCGUUCGACGGUAAACGGAUUAAGAAGGAGCACGGUGACGUUUGCGUGGAGAAUGGCGACGCCGCAACCAUCGCCGUUGCCGCCGCCGCGGCCACCACCACCACCUCUGCAACCUCCGCCUCCUCGGCCGCCGCCGCUACCACCGUCCUCGAGAAACGACAGCCGCCGGCCGGCAGAUUUGCCUCCAACGGCUUCCACGGGGAUGGCGAUCAGCUGCAGGACCUCGUCGCGACCAAAUUCGCAACCUUGGCCAACCACGGCGCCUCCUCCAAGCAAGACAAGAUUCGGAUUGUGAUAGAGGAUGGCAUUAGCGAAGAAUCUAGAGCGCACGUGGAAGAGAUCUUCUCGCGGGUGGAACGACUUAAGAUAGAGGAAAAGUUAUUGUUGUACCUGAAACUUCCGUUGCUGCUGAGAAACCCGAGUGGGAUCGUAGAUCCGUUGAGGCAGCCGCUGAAUCCAUUAGGAAAUCGCUACGAAAUUCAUCAGACCAUCAUGUGGAUUAAGACUCAUUUAGAAGAAGACCCGGAUGUAUCUUUACCGAAGCAAGAAGUGUACGACGAAUACAAUAUGUAUUGCAUAAGAAAUUCUAUGAAGCCGUUAUCGACGGCCGAUUUUGGAAAAGUCAUGAAACAAGUGUAUCCGCGAGUGCGGCCUCGUAGACUGGGCACACGAGGCAAUUCUCGCUACUGUUACGCUGGUAUGCGCAAGCGAAUAAAACUGGGCCCUCCGACACUGCCAAAGAUAUCUGGCUCUGAAUCUGAGGAACAUUCGGAGGAGAACGUUACUGAAGAAAUGCUGGGCGCUGCAUCCACGUUGAUCAGGGAAUGGGCGGAAAAAACGUUGGGCCAGAAAUUUCCAAAUUUGAGUGCCUUAGCGCGGCAUCUUGUUGAUAACUUUUGUGUCGAUACUCAUUCUCUUGCUGCUGUAUGCAUUCUCGCAACUUCAGGCCAGCAUGAUGCUUCGUCUAAUAAAGAGGUGAUCUCGGAUCUACCGACAACGCCUGUAAGUGGUAAGCCUGCUAAGCUGCGAGAGGCUCAGUUGCAGCUGCAACGCAAGCUUCAGCAACGCGAGCAUAUUAAAGAUCAGAAGCACCGUUGUCCUGAUUCUGGUGUACAGAACAAAGAAAAAGUCAUCGACAGCAAAGGAAAUGUCAGUAAGGGAUGCAAGAAGGUCAAGUCCAACCAGUCACCUCAAGAUACAAAUGCAGCAGCAACAACAGUGGUCACACCAAACUCACUGACAAAACUCAACUUAUCUACUGUAGUCUGUAACCGGCAAAGAAAGGUAUCGAAAACUUGCAAUCAACAGCAACAGCAGCAACAAACUUGCAAUGUCUCCCAAGAGUCUAACUGUGAUAACCUAGUGGUACAAUCGCGCGACGACAGACAGAGUAAUAGCAACCUUAGAGUAAUGAUGAGUGCGCAGCGCGAUGUUAAAGGUAAAAAUUCCAGGAAACGUGCCAAUAAUCCAAUUGUAGCACAGCAGGAGCCCAGCCCUGAGAAACAGACGAAGCUCACGGAGGAGAGUCCAGAGCAUUCCAACGCUUUGUUACCCAAGUUAGCGUCUAUCCAACGCUCCGGCAAGAUAUCAGUGAUACUAGCUAGCAAUUCAAAGUCUAUCAAGUGCAAACCAGUUGACACUGCGGACAAUCGGCUUGCUAAAAACUGUGAUAUUGACUCGUCGAAGAGUUCCACUACCGGCAACGUGGUGGAAACGUCCUCGAGACUCCUCACGGGGGACCAGAUUCGCCUUCUGCAAGACACGCCGGUCUUCAAAGAUGAGAAGGUCCGUGAUAUCGACACAGACGCCUUGGACGAUUAUUUGAAUGGCGGGAACAAUUCGCAGGAGCAGGAGGAGGAGUUGUUACAGUAUUUUCAGCAGAGUAGCUCGUCUAGUUCCGACGUGGAGACCAGCGUCGUCGGUUCCGACGCCGAGCAGAUCUCUCGGUCGGACAAAGUGUCGCAGCUGCGAUUGAUAUUGCAACAGAAUCUGAAGGCGCCCGUAAUCGCUGCCGACCUGACGCCCGUGACCCUCGUUCGGCAGAGCGCUGCCGAGAGCGUCGUGGAGAAACGGGACCCCGUGCAGAAACAUAAUCUCAUACUCCCGACGCUUCUAAAUCACCCUAAUCCGGGCAACACGCGACGUCGCGUCAGCUUCGAGACGAACGUCGUCGAGCACGUCCAAGAGGCGGCAGCGCCGAGUGUAGCCAAUACCGUGCCACAGAGUCCAAACACGCGACGCAGAAUAUUCAACUUCACCCCGAUCUCACCCGGACCACAUUCCCCCAUUAACGGCCGCGCGUCCAAGUCUAACUCGGCGAACGCGAGUCCGUUCGUAUCUCCGCGCAACACCCCGGUGCCGAGGUCCCGCAGUAACCUGCAAGCCGGCAGUUCCAGAUCGCGCGGCCAGAAGACGCUCUCUCGUUCCAUUUCGUGCAGCGUGCCGUACACCAUCAAGACGACGGACACCUUCAUCGUACCGACGUCGAGCGGGGCGGAACACGCGCGGCAAGUCCUGACAGCGACAACCAAGACGUCGGAGGUCCUGAAAAGACCACCGUCCACGUAUAUGGACUUCACGCCUCAGAAACAAUUGCUAAUCAAUUAUCCGAGUCAAGAGAAUCUGCAAGAGAUCAAGAAUGUGUAUCAGAAGGGCCAGCCACCUCCACUCGACCAGGAGAUCACGGAGCUCCUUGACGCUAGUAGACAAUGGAGUAACGAGCAAUUAUUCUGUAGAUCGCAGUCGGUGCCGUUGCGCAGAAUGAUAAAUCCCGUGUCCUUAAUGUCUCCGAUCUCCACGCAGCAAUGCCUAUCAUCGGUACAGAGUCAAAGUUUCAAUCCAUCUACGAGCAGUUCCGUUGCGCCUACCCCAGUACCGAGCGAAUACAAUGACUUCGGUUCUGCCAUCGGACAAGAGAGCACGUAUCUGUUGGAUGAUACGAACUUUAUGUCAGACGAGCAGCCGUUCUUGAUGACGGACAAAGGGAUCACGUCCGAGAACAUUAAUAACAUUCUUACGAUUUUGGACGAGGAGGAUCAGCCAAAUUUACAAAUGCUGUCCGAACAGACUACGGAGGAGGCAUUGAGUAACAAUACAAUUGUUCUAAAUGCUUUGCCGAAUGCCAAUUUAAAUCUGUCGGAGGAAGAUAUGUUGGAUCCGUCGAGCAUCCUCACCGACGCGAGUGGCACGUUACAGAAGAUAAUGCAGUCGCGAUCGUAUCCGAAUACGCCGUUGCCCGCGCCGGUGUCUGCGUACACGCCCUCGUACACGGAGGACAGCAACGGCUCCAGAUCGUACCCGUCGACGCCUCUGCACACGAUGCAAUCUCAGGAGGUGUACCAGGAUCCGGGCGAGCCGAUAUUGUCCAGUCCCAUCCUUAACUCUCUCAGUUUACAGGGCGACGUGAGGAACGUCGCUGUCGUUACCGUGACCGGCGCCGCGGCCGCUUCUUCCAACAGUCUCUGUAGGAAUGUCGCUGAUCUUUUGGAGGCCAGUUUUCUCGGAGAAGCCGACACGGAGACGGACGAUCUGGAUCACCUCGGUAAUUUUGACGGCCUGCAAGAUAUGGAUUCGUUGACGCCGCUGUUCAACGAAGUCACCGAGCCUAAUCGCUGAGACCAUCUUUUUCGGUCUAUUCGUAAUUUCGCAUUUGCACAGGGAGAGGUGUGAUAAAAUAUAGACUGUUUGGGUCUGGUGGUUCUCAAUCGUAUUAUCUCAUAGACCACUUUAGGGUAAACGAGAGGCGAUUAGAAGCAAGAUAUAUAAGUGAAUUUUAAUAAGGACUACUUGUAAGAUAUUAUUAUUCAAUUUUAAGAUGUAGGAUAAUUCGGAAUCUUGCGUAUCUAUUAUCUUGUAAUUUGAUCAUACAAUUUCAGAUAUUUUAAUUAUUUUUUACUACAAUUUGUGUAUAUAGAUUUCUAUAUAGAAGACAUUAUUUCAGCUUAUAGUAAAUUAUAUUUUGACACGCAAUUUACUAUCCAGGCUGUAUUGACGAAUGUCUAAUUUUCAUUGCAAUAAAAAGUAGUAUCGAAAUGUGCAAAAAGUCUGAGAAAUUUGCAUGAUUUUUUGAAAGGUACAUGUUUUUAAAUUAUUAAAGAUUAUACAUCGUUAAGUAUCUGAUAUAUAUCAUUAAAAAGGAAUGUUUGUUUUUUUUUCUACGAGACUUUGUUUUAUUCCUCGGUGAAACUUUUGAUCCCUUUCGCAGAAUCGCGUAAAUAGGAAUUUUUAUUUCAUUCAAUGAAUUAAUGCAAAUUGUAUCUUAUUCAGGUCGUACACACCGAACACUUGAUACAAGAAAUAUAACUUGUGCGUUUUGGUCUUUUGUGCGCUUCAAACAUCUCUGUGAAAUUAAACUUGUACGUUUUCGUGAAUUCUCAGGAUAUCGAAUUAUCAACAGUUUUUUAAUUCUACUGUCGGACGAUUCACUUACGUUUAAUUGUUUAAUCCUGCAGAGCACCUAGUUAACCGAUGAUACGACAACUAGGAGAAAGCUGUAGAGGAAAGUAUCCAAAGAAGUUUUAUCAUGUGUUCCAAGAGGAAGGAGGCCAAUUGUUUUACACGACGCUUAAUAAUUUUAUACGAUGCCUAAUCGUGCAAUCCUACAUGGCUGAGGUUCAUUCAAUGAAUUAAGUAGUGACUACUCGAUGUAACUUUCAGGCGCUGGAAAGGUUGAGAACCACUCGUGCAAUUUUAUCCACCAAAAGAGAUACGAAAUGCGCCGCGCUAUCGUUCGCCUGACAAUUCCUUCGGAUUAUUACGAGCGAGAACAUUCGACUAGAACUCAAUUUAACCGACAUCGAAUUAAGCGAUAGAGUACGAGAGCGAGAGACGUGAGUGAUCCCUCGCCACGGGGCCCAAAAUACUCGCCGCGAGCGAUUGCGAACGACGGAACACGACGUUAGAAUGCGACGUAUUUACUAAACGCACAAGUAACUUUAGGUAGAGAUUAAUCUUGGUAUAAUCGUAUAAGCAGGCUCGAAUUCAUAUAGCUUAAUUCCGCAUCUAAAAUUUAAAUUCAAGUAGCUGUACCCGCGAUGUCGCGUGUUCGAGAAAAGAAAAAUCUGACAGGAAAGAAGCGCUCGUUGGCGAAACGAUCGAGGACUGACGUCGAUGCUUUCCGGAUCAUCGGAGAGACCGGGCACUUGCCACGUGUGUGUAUGCGUGUGUGUGUGUGUGUGUGUGUGCGCGCGCGCGAUACGUUAGAUAUGUAUGUGUAUGGACAAUCAGUAGAUUUAGUCACACCUGAGAAGCGUCUUGUUGAGACAUACGCUUCGUUGAGUUAGUUUUUUUUUACUUGAUUUUCGCUGUCAGAUUAUGUCCGUUAACGCCAUUCAGCUACGAUAGUCUGUUUUGUUGGCAAAUCGCUGGUGGUAUCGUCAACAUUUUCUUACUGGGUUCAGGACACGUAUAGCUUUCUUUCGAACGAUGUCGCCGCCGCCCUAUCUGCAGAGUAUCUAAUAAUCAUAUCACGUUUCGUAGACGAGUAGAGCGGGUUAAACUGAAGGGAAAAGUCCUCUACCGUUUUGCAGUUUUCGUAAUAAUUAGUGAGAUCAAUUACUAAGCGGAACUUUAUUGAAUAAGCUUUCCAUCGAGAUAUCGAAGUCGAUUUUGGAAUUUGUAGUCAAUUACGAGUAUAUUAUAUAAUUAUUUGUACUAUAAAAUUUGAUUAAUAGAGCGUACAACGCUGACUCGUAUUGAUUGUUGAUUUGUAUAACUACGGUUAUACAUUAACGAAUCGAACGACUUCUUUUGUAAGCGCAUGAGGUAUAAUUUUAAAGAAAGAGCGGAGUUCUGCAUUAAAAAGAGGAAGAAAGAAAAAAGAAAAGUCAAAUUAAUUUUCACAUGUUAUUAAUUCUAAUUAUUUAAUUUUUCAUCAUCUUUUGCGGAAAUCGCCAACUGGCACAGGACUUUCUUAUUCGGUUUAAUCCGCUCUAUCUACUUGCGAGCGGUGUUACACCUAUUAUCAGACAUUCUGUAUACACGAAGUUCGUCAACGACCAACUGCAUCGAUUUUCGUUGAGGGAAGAUUAGUAGACGUAAGAGCGCCGGAAACGAAUGUCAUUAAACAUUAGGAUAUCUUUCGCAUCAAAUAUACCUACUUGGAAACAAAAUGAUAUGUUAACAACAUUAGUCUAAUUGAAAGCCUUGUUAAUUUAAGAACAGUAUUGAUAAAACAAUUAACAUUUUAUUGAAAACAACAGCAUCAUUUGUUUCAUUAAUACUGUUAUCGAGUUAAGAGAUUGUUUUCAGUUAUACUGUUGCUAAUGCUGUUAACACAAUAUCCUUUUUUUUCUCGUGCAUUUACACCUCGUACAUCGUAAAAAUGCAUCUUGUAGUUUGUCUUGUAGUUUCAAGUAAAAAUGUGCAUCUUGUGGUUUCAAAACGGUCAAAUAUUCGACAAAUUUUGACUAUAUUUAUAAUAUACGAAGAAGAAAAAUCAAUAUCUUCGGAUCGCGAUAUAGAAAGCAAGAGAUAGAUGAAAUUAAUUUUUUACGGCUCUAUAGGUUGUAUACAUUUUGUCGAAGUAUACAACCUUGCAAAAAAAAUGUGCAUCUUGCAAAAAAGUGGGACAAAAUUUUAUAUACAAUAAGUACCUCUCGAGGACUGUCAUGAACGUAUGUAGAUUCAAAUAUUGCGAGAAACGCAGUUUUCCGAUUAUUUAUAAUGACAUUGUUUUUCAAGUCUGUGGUCACACGCGGGAAUUCUCGGGAAUCCCGAGUUCCUCGAAGUGCGUAGCGUGUGGGGAAAGAAAACCGACGUGUCGCAGUUGAGAGAGUGCGCGAGAAUAGAAUGGACAUGAACGUUCAUUCAAUUGUCAAAAGUAUCGUACGGGGUAGAACGGCGGCAAGUCGAGCGGUAUAUCCACAAUUAACGAACCAGUCAUUGCAUAAUUUUCCUCUUGCACUUUUAUUGACUGCAGCCCGAUAAAAACGCAUCGAUGACGUACCGCGUCAUCGACUCGCGUGCGUUGUACGACUAUUAAAAAUGCUAUUUAGGGAAUCAAAAAAUGUUUCGAGGAUAACUCGGCGUUAAAGGCGAGCAAAGUUGUAAGAGAAAGCUGUUUCACAACUUGAGGACUUUUCGACUCAGUUUUUAACAAGAAACAACGCUAUGUAAUUAGUGGGCGGUCUUUCAGAGUUAUCCUGUAUGUAUAAUAUAUUCCAUAAUCGUGCACGUACAAGGGGACCUUACCAAUUCGAAAAUUCGGAUUUCAAUUUUUUGGGUUUCCUUUCGAUUAGGUCCCCUUUAAUAUGUUGUCUGGUAGUCGCUCUUUUUGCGGUAAUUCGAAA